CACCUUUCAACAUAUUUCCUUUCCCCUCUCUCUCUAGACCCUGCUUUCUCUCUCUAGAUUCCGGUCUCUUUUUCUCUCACUAAAAUGGAAGCCGAUUCGACCACGAUCAACGUUACAGAGACACCGAAGGAACGGAAAGGAAAGGCGCCACUUUUGGCUGCACCGCCAGCCUCAAGUGGUAUCAAACGAGUGUUUCAAAAGGCUCCGAAGGGAGGGUCUAAACGAGGGCUAGCCGUAUUCGAUGUGAUUCUAAGGCUAGCCGGCAUCGCUACUGCUUUAGGAGCCGCGAUAGCCAUGGGUUCUACGGACCAAACCCUCCCUUUCUUCACUCAGUUCUUUCAGUUCAAAGCCGAGUUCGAUGAUUUACCCGCUUUUACGUUUUUUGUGAUCGCCAACGCCAUCACCGCCGCCUACCUAGCCCUGACGAUCCCUAUAUCAAUCGUAUGCAUUAUCCGGCCGCAUUUGGUGGCCCCGAGGGUCCUUCUCAUCUUCCUUGACACGGUUAUGGUCGCAUUGACCACGGCGGCAGCCGGCGGUGCUGCAUCCAUAGUCUACUUGGCUCAUAACGGGAACUCGGAUGCAAAUUGGCCUGCAAUCUGUCAACAAUUCAACGAUUUCUGCCAAAAAGUGAGCGGGGCAGUUGUCGCGUCUUUUCUGACGGUCGUCGUUCUCAUGGUCUUGAUCGUUUUAUCUGCAUUUGCUCUUUAAAUAUACAUGAAUUCUAUUCACGAUUGUCUUGUUUUCAUUAUCCCGAUUUGUGUUUCGAUCAAUCUCAAAGUGUGAAUUAAAAUGGUUGUAAAGUUGUUCA